AUGGAAAUAUCAUUAACUUAUAAAGUAGCAGAUAACCAUUCUCUCUCACAACAUAUUAACUCAAACGAUUUACAAAAUUGGCCAGACCUCUCUCUCACUACUAGAUUACCAAGUGCUAUUCUCAUAAAUCCACCAAUGAGGGAAGCUAUAAUACUUAAGCAAUGGUAUGUUGACCAAAAAGAUGUCCAUAACUCAUUUGUGACAAAAGAGGCAUUUAAAGAUCCUUUGGUUGUCCUACCACCUCCAAAUGAAAAAGAUAUUAUCUCAAUCCAAGAGGCACUGGCCACUUUAAAAGUGAACAAAUCUGCAUGGGUUCGUGGUGUUGCAUCUCUUGCCAUGAAUCAAAAAUCACUUUGGUUCACUGCAUGUAGCAAUUGCCAGAAAGAGAUAGGUGCACCAAUAAACUGGGAUAUGAAUUGUACAUUGUGCGGAGAGGAUAGCAUGGUUGUUGCCAGGUGACGCUUUGUUAUCACUAUAAAAGAUGAAACAGGAGUAGUUGAAGUCAUGAUUACAGGUAUAGAAGCAGAGCAACUAUUGCCAUUUACAUGGGAAGAAAUGAGCAUAGCAGAGGCUGAGAACAAAAAUUAUUACCUGAGAUUAUUGCCGGAUUUUACAAGAACCCAAUUACUUGUUUCGUCCGACAUUAUGAGGCAACCUAUUCCAUCAUCACUGCUGACAUGUAUAGUGUUGUUAAAAUAUACACGGAAAAGGAAAUUGGGAAGAUAACUGUAUCUCGCACACGAGUCAAAGGAAAGGAAAAAAUAACUUCCAUGGAUGAGCACUUUUUUGUACCAACUGCAAAGCUUAUGCUUGAAUCAAUUGAUUUGUCAACUCCUAAACCAACAGCAAAAACAACCACCAAACUUGUAUAAACUUCAGCCAAACGCCCAUUAGUUUUCGCAGCACAGGAGGAAGAACAAGUCAGUCUUUCCCAAACCAUGCAAUCAGA